AUGAGGCAAAUCAUUCGAUUGAAUGUUCUCAGUACAAUUCUGAAUUCCAAAAUGAGAAGUCACACAUACAAUGAAUCUUUGGGCACAGCCAGGAUCAUGGCAAGAAUCCUGGAUGGAAAAGCCCUGGCCAAAGAAAUUAAGGAUGAAGUAAAGAUAGAAAUAAACAAUUGGAUCAGGAGCGGCAACCCUGUACCAACUCUGCGCUGCAUUAUAGUUGGCGACGACCCUGCCAGUCAUACUUAUGUUAGAAACAAAAUACAGGCAGCACGAGAAGUUGGUAUUGAAGCAGAAACAAUUAGAUACGACUCAAAUUUAACGGAAGAGGCUUUAAUGUCUAUAAUAGAUUCGUUGAAUAAGGAUAAAAAUAUUAACGGGAUAUUAGUGCAGUUGCCUUUACCUAGCUCUAUCGAUGAGAGGAGAGUGUGUAAUGCAUUGGCUCCGGAGAAGGAUGUGGAUGGUUUUCAUAUAACAAAUGUUGGUCAGUUGUGUUUGGACAUGCCAACCAUUGUACCAGCCACUGCCCUCGCUGUGGUUGAAAUGCUGAGAAGAUUCAAAAUCGAUACAUUCGGUCGCAACACGGUGGUCAUAGGUCGUUCUAAGAACGUCGGUAUGCCAAUAGCCAUGAUGCUACAUUCCGAUGGCCGCCAUGACAGCGGUCUCGGUAUGGACUCAACUGUCACUAUCUGUCAUAGACACACGCCGCCUGAUCAAUUGGAGUUUUAUUGCAGACACGCUGAUAUUAUUGUCAGUGCUACCGGUCUACCAAAGCUUAUUAAGGCUGAUAUGGUGAAGCCAGGAGCCACGAUCAUAGACGUCGGCAUCACAAGAGUAACUGAUGAAAGCGGAAAGACAAAACUAGUUGGCGAUGUUGAUUACGACGAGGUAGUUAAAGUUGCUGGUGCUAUAACUCCCGUGCCUGGUGGAGUGGGUCCCAUGACAGUCGCCAUGUUGAUGAAGAACACUCUUCAAGCUGCGCGGCAUAACUCACUUAAAUGA